CGGCGGCAGCACAAAGACAACCUGGUGCGGGAGAAGCGAUGCUUAACUUUCCCGGUGUGGACACAACGUACCCGGGCUUAGCUGCGAGUUCGGGGCGGUACCAAAAUAUUAGAUGUAUUCUGUAGUUCUCCUUUAAUGAAAUAACCGGCUAACGUCGCGUUAGCGAGCUACGCUCCGCCGGGCUCAAAAUAACGUCAGCUGUUUACUACUAUCACACUGUAGCGUGCAUGUGCGCGCACACUACCGAUAUAACCGGGUACAACGCGAGCGGCUCGUGUCAGUCAGGUUAGAGUUCACCUCGCUGUAAACCAGAAUAUACCGUUAGUCUGACAUCAUGGUGAACCAGGUUCCGCGGGGGGAAGGCAGCUGGCAGUCGAGCGACUCCAGCGGGGCCAGCAACAGCUGCGGGGAGAGCUCCAAGGAGAGCUCCCGGUGCUCCACGCCGGUGCUGGACGCAGACCGCUCGGACAGGCUGCGGGACAAGAUGCGGAGGAGGACGGAGUCCGGAGACCGCUGGUUCUCGCUGGAGUUCUUCCCUCCCCGCACAGCCAGCGGGGCCGUGAACCUCAUCUCAAGAUUUGACCGCAUGGGCUCCGGGGGGCCCCUGUUCAUCGACAUCACCUGGCACCCAGCGGGGGACCCGGGCUCAGACAAGGAGACUUCGUCCUUGAUGAUCGCCAGCACAGCGGUCAACUACUGCGGCCUGGAGAGCAUCCUCCACCUCACCUGCUGCAACCAGACCAAAGAGAAGAUCACGGGCCACCUGGCCAAGGCCAAGCACCUGGGCCUCAAGAACAUCAUGGCCCUCAGAGGAGAUCCGGUGGGAGCCGACUGGGAGGAGGAAGAGGGAGGCUUCAACCACGCCAUCGACCUCGUCAAACACAUCCGAUCUGAGUUUGACGAUUACUUUGACAUCUGUGUGGCAGGUUACCCCACGGGCCACCCCGAGGCAGAGAGCUACGAGCAGGAUCUCAGACACCUGAAGGAGAAGGUGGACGCUGGAGCAGACUUCAUCAUCACCCAGCUGUUCUUCAGAGCGGACACGUUCUUCAAGUUUCUGGAUGACUGCAGGGCGAUUGGCAUCACGUGCCCCAUCCUACCUGGAAUCUUCCCCAUUCAGGGCUAUCAGUCGCUGCGCCAACUCGUCAAGCUGUCGAAGCUCGAGGUCCCGGAGGAGAUCACCAGAGUCAUCGAGCCCAUCAAAGACAACGACGCCGCCAUCAGGAGCUACGGCAUCCAGCAGGCGGUGGAGAUGUGCCGCGUGCUGCUGGACAGCGGGAAGGUGCCCGGCCUCCACUUCUACACGCUGAACCGUGAGGUGGCCACCAUGGAGGUGCUGCGCCAGCUGGGCCUGUGGAUAGAGGACCCCAGGUUUUUCACUGGACCUGAACUACUGAGAUUUACAGAAGAACUACAAACAAGGCGGCCUCUCCCGUGGGCAGUGAGCGCUCAUCCCAAACGCAAGGUGGAAGAUGUUCGACCCAUCUUCUGGGCCUCCAGGCCAAAGAGCUACAUCUACAGGACCCAGGACUGGGACGACUUCCCCAACGGCAGAUGGGGGAACUCGUCCUCUCCGGCCUUCGGUGAGUUGAAUGACUACUACCUGUUCUACCUGAAGAGCAAGUCCUCCAAAGACGCCCUGCUGCAGAUGUGGGGCCACGAGCUGAAGAAUGAAGAGAGUGUCUACGAGGUCUUCACCUGCUACAUCACCGCUCAGUCAAACUUCAGCGGACACAAGGUGAUGUGUCUGCCCUGGAACGACGAGCCUCUGGCCCCUGAGACCAACCUGCUGAAGGACGAGCUGGAGAAGGUGAACAGACGAGGAGUCCUCACCAUCAACUCUCAGCCCAACAUCAAUGGCAAACCCUCCACAGACCCCAUCGUGGGCUGGGGACCAGCCGGGGGCUACGUCUUCCAGAAGGCCUACCUGGAGUUCUUCACCUCCAGCGAAAACGUGACCGCUCUCCUGAAAGUGCUGAAGAAGUACGAGCCCCGGGUUAAUUAUCACAUCGUUAACGUGCACGGCCGGAACCUGACCAACGCCCCCGACAUGCAGCCCAACGCCGUGACGUGGGGGAUCUUUCCAGGCAGGGAGAUCGUUCAGCCCACAGUGGUGGACCCGGUCAGCUUCAUGUACUGGAAGGACGAGGCCUUCGCCUUGUGGAUCGAGCAGUGGGCCAAGCUGUAUGAAGACGAGUCCCCGUCCCGGAUGAUCAUCAAGUACAUCCAUGACAACUACUUCCUGGUCAACCUGGUGGACAACGACUUCCCACUGGAGAACUGUCUGUGGCAGGUCAUCGACGACAUGUUCGAGCUGCUGGACGCUCCUACUGAGCCUCUGAGCGACGCGGCGCUCGCUCAGUAAAUCUUAGGACCAGAGAACACUACAGAACUAUUUUAUGCAUUAUCUAAAAAGCUGCUAUUUACAGACAGAGCAGAGUAAGAAGUGUCCUUCAGUAUUUUAUAGGAGUUUUUAUGGAUGUUUUUAAAGUGUCCUUCAUCCUCGCAGCACUUCCAGCUGAUAAACUACACUUCCUGCUCACACAGGUGACCCGCUCAACUUUUCACACCUGAAAACAAACCUCACAGAAUGAGUUGUGAUGAAUUUAUACUUUUUAUUUUCAUGGAAGAAAAAAAUGAAAAGCUAUAUUUUAAUAAAAUAUUUUAAAUACUGUGUGCAGUUAGAGGAGAGGACCGACAGCUGCACCUGCUGCCUGAACACCUUUUAAACAGACGUCGUAUUUAUUUGUUCUAUCUGAAACUAAUUAAAUCAUUUUUCACUUCAACAAGA